AUGAUGGAGGGUUCAAACACGAGUGCGGCGUCAAUGUGCACCAUAACUGGCCAUGAUCCUCAAUUUGAUCCGGACAUCAUCUUCGACCAUGAAGUAAUUGACCUCACAGAAGGUGCCACCUUCAAUACCCACUCAUUGCGUGACGGAGAACAUCCGUUGGAAAAGGUUCGAAUUCGGCAUCAGACCUUCGAGAGGGGAGAUGUUGCGGAAGCCAAGCAACUCGCCCUGGGUGCAUAUCCGAUUGAGUUUCUGCAAAUCAAAACCAUCGUGAGAGACUACGCUGGUCAUGUCAUUCUUCGUGGCAUCCCUAUCACGAGGACGAGAAAUUUGAUGGGCAAGCUGCCCAAGAAACUGAACGAAGUAUGCAUGGUCCUGCAUAUCGACCGCGGCACAAUGGGUACGACGACGAAUGAAUCAUCCAUCUUUAUCGAUGUUCACCCAGGCUCAAUUGUGAGAAAGAGAAAAUUCACUCUCACAAACUCAAUCUACCCAGACCAUUGCAGCUGCUCUGUGAUGGCCCUGCCGGGCUUCGAUCGAGAUCGGUAUCGUCGUAGCGCGGAGCGCACAGGGCGUCUCGUCUGCCGAUGGGUCAUGAAAAUCUACUUUACAAUGCAGGGUCGGAGGACUCGGCCGGACGAAGAAGUUCUCGAGCGGAUCUCUGCCUCGGAAGUGUCAAACCUGCGAUUCAAAACAUCGGAUGAAACACUGCGAAAUCGUUGGCGCGGCGGAAGGGUGAAAGGCGGUUCAUGGAACGGGAACACGGCUUUUCAUGGCAAUGUGGUAAGCUUGGACGUCCCCUCAUGCCAUCGGCCGUCUCGAUCAAGAGGGUUUGGCCAGAAGUAUACCCUGUUUGACGCAUUUGCUGGUGCCGGCGGCGCUUCUCGUGGCGCGCAGAGCGCCGGGUUCAAGGUGUUGUAUGCGAUUGAUAAAUCGCCCGAUGUCUGGGACACGUACCAGGCGAACUUUCCUGAAACAAUGCUCUAUGGAAUGUCGGUCGACGAGUUCGUUCAAUCAACUAGAAGGGAGCUGUUGCGGGCGGAUGUGCUUCACCUCUCGCCUCCCUGCCAGUACUUCUCACCCGCGCAUACUCGCCAAGCUGCUCACGAUGAUGAGAACAUUUUCGCGCUUUUUGGCUGCAACGAACUGAUCAAUAGGAUUCGCCCACGGAUGAUCACGGUGGAGCAAACCUUUGGCAUUACCCAUGAUCGCCACCAAAAGUAUCUCAAAACCCUGAUUGGGGAUUUCACUCAGUUUGGAUACUCUGUGCGCUGGAAAGUUGUCAGACUUUGUCAUUGGGGUUCGGCUCAGGAUAGGAAGCGACUCAUAGUUAUUGCUGCCGCACCUGGAGAGAGCCUUCCUCCGUUUCCUCUUGACUCACACUCUGAAAGUGGCAGGGCAGGCUGCAAGCCAUUUACAACCAUAUGGAGUGCCAUUCGUGGGAUACGACCAAGGGACCCCCUGCACAGUAUCAGGGACGUUAAGAAGCACCACCCACCAAGACCAGCGCUUGAUACGAGCAGACUCGUAGGAACGAUCACGACAGGAGCCGGUGGCAUCUACCAUCCCGACGGAACGCGGGAUCUGACCCUCCGAGAGUAUGCUUGCUUGCAAGGGUUCCCUCCGAACCACCAAUUUGUCGGUACCAAGACGAGCAUUCGGCGACAAAUUGGAAAUGCAUUCCCACCGAACACAGUUGAAAUGCUAUAUCAACAUUUGCAAGACUGGCUGUUGAAGGCUGAUGGCUUUACCUUGUGUCAGCUACCUGAGGAGAACGUUUAUGUGAUCGACGACGAGGGUGACUUUAUUUCGGACUCGAACUCGACUCCGAGAUUCGGAACGACGAGCUUGCCAUUUGACGAUUUUGUACAGUUGGAUGAUGAUUUCAUGUUUUCAUCCAGGCAGAUAUUGGAAAGGCGGUCCGAUUUUGUAGAUUUAACUUGA